AUGUCUCGUGCAGGCCAUUCCAGUAGACGAUCAACGGUAGCGUGCAAUAGAUGCCGGGCACGCAAGACGCGCUGCGCUGGCAAACCCCCUCUUCCCUGCGCAGCCUGUGUAGAUGUUGGCCACGCACAGGCCCGCGCCCCACCAGUGAGGAAUCGGCCCUUGAGUACACCCAUCGCUUCUACAUCCAACUCCGAUCCCCAGGAAGCCGAAGUGUCUGCAGAACGAGAUGACUGGUGGUAUAAAGACACCGAAAAUCUAUUCCUGAACCGAUCAGGCGAGCGUCACUUUGUGGGAGCGUCCUCGGCAACCCAUCUAGCGAAGCGUCUGAACCCAACCUCCCAGAACCUUGCAUGGGACGUGCGUCCUCUCUACGACGACCCCUCCUCCUUGCGGCGGCCAGUCGGGGGCCCGCUCCCCCAACUGCCCCCUUUCGAGUUCGCCAAGAAGCUAUUCUAUACUCAAUACGCCUACAUCGGCACGAUCUUUUCUUUAAUCCGACCGGCUCAGUUUGAAGAAAGAUUAGACAUUGUUUAUCAUCAUCCCCCAGAUUUCUCUCAUCGGGAGUCAUGUCUGAUGUACUGUCAAAUCCUUCUUGUCAUCGCCUUUGGCUUGAUGUAUUCGGUGAACCAGUGGUCGGGUGAUGAUGGUCCUCCGGGAUUCAAAUAUUUCAAGCAUGCUUUGCGGUUUCUUCCCGAUAUCCAUGAGGAGGGCUCGAUAUUUUUUGUAGAAGUCCUAUGCUACGUUGCAUAUUACAUGCAGAAUUUAAAUCGUCGGGAUGCAGCGUUCCUUUAUAUUGGCCUCGCCCUUCGUAUGGCUAUAUCUCUUGGUCUUCAUCAAGAGGUUGUUGACGCGGAUCUUAGCGAAGCGGAUAGGAAGCGUAGGCGACAGGCUUGGUGGUCAGUCUAUAGUCUAGACCGCCUUUUAUCUGUCAAAUCAGGGAACCCGAUCACGAUUCAUGAUGAAGACAUUGGAACCAAGUGGCCCGCAGAAUUGGAUGGCUCUACUCCUGAGCCCUGGCCGUCUGUCGUACUUGGUCAUUAUACGAAGUUAUCUCGCAUCCUAGGAAGGAUUGGAGAAGAAAUCUACCCGCAAAAAACCUCGCUCUGGGUCGAACCUUAUAAGAUACCAGAUCGCCUUCGCAUUGACUUUACCACCCUCGAUAACCCGAUAAGUCGGGAGACCAUAUCGGUGAACUUGCAUUUCUAUUCUUGCCUCAACAUGACCACUCGUCCCCUGGUAUUCUAUGUGAUCCAGCGACGCCUUGAAUCAGGCCGCCUAGGGGCUUCCAUGGACGAUUGGAGAGAAGGUCUGGCCACUAACACGGUCGCUGUGAUUGACAGCUGCAUUACAGCCGCUCGGGCUACGACUAUGAUAAUGGAUGCAGCACGCAGACAAAGUUUGAUCGCUACCUAUGGAUAUCUUGACGGCGAGUAUAUUUUUUCGGCGGCAUUGCUCCUUGUCAUGGUAAAUGCCGCGUUUCCACCAACUGUAGUAAAUGCCCGAGCGAUGGAAAAUGCCCUGGGGAUUCUCCGCAGCAUGGCUGAUCAAGGCAAUGCCUACUUGAGUUCUCGGCACUCCUUACUUCUUGAGCUGCAAGCGUCGAUUGGGCCUAGGGUUCUGCGCAGCUAUUCCAACGGGCUGAGUGAGCUCGCGGCCGAGGGAUCCAGAAGCCUGGAUGCCCAAGAAGUUGAUACUAGUGUCGCAAUCACCUCGGAUGACUGGCAACAAGCGAGCAAUUUACCCUCACUCCAGGAUAUCUCUUUUCGUUUUGACCCCAAUGACGAUUCGGCGAUAUGGGAGGGAGCUUUGAACCAGAUUGAUAUUGACAUGGAUACGGACUGGAUUGAAAGUAAUUUGUACCGAUAG